AUGGUCAACAACAAUAAUCAAAUAUCGAAUUACAUCUCCUUAUCACCCACGACCCUUCGAAUCGUGAGUUUCCUCGGUUUUUUUCCUUUUUUUAUUCCUUUUUGAAACUCGUAAUUGUAAGUUUUUUUUGAUUAUAAUUACAAAACUGCCAUCGUUAACCAUUUUUCUUUAGAAAAUCGAAAAACGUUUUUUUAAGCAGACUUUUGAGAAAUUGCUUACUGUCAAGCAGAACCUACCUUUCUAGAGAAAAUGUUUUUUUAAGAUCGUUCAAUUGAAAAAAAGAAGCCAACUAAAAGCUCAUAAAUAUGAAAGAUGGAAAAUAUAUUUAUUAUAUUAUGAGAUUCUUUUUGCAGAUGUUGACGCGAUAGUGCAGUUCCAGACGCCGCGACGUUCGCGUUUGGACAGCUCUGAAACGGUGAUGGAGGGAAAUCACCGUGGAUGAUAUCACGGUAAGGCAUUUUUUUUCAUUUGUUUUUUCAGUGAUGCAAAGUUAAAAUAGGAAAAAUUUAAAAAAAAAAUCAGUUUCUUUUCUGCCUUGAGAACUCACUUUACGUUUUUUGCUCACUCACAAGAAAGUAUUUAGCAAUCAAUAAUUACCUGGAAGUUUUAGUUUUUUCCAGGACAAUGGUGAACAACAACAACCAAAUCUCCAACUACAACUACAUCUCCUCAUCACCCACGACCCUUUGAUUCGUGAGUUCCCUUGGUUUUCUCCAAUACCUUUCUGAAUAUACGAAAGUCAGGGCCGUCCCCACCGCCACAGUUUUUAUCCGCCGGAGCAACAGCAAUGAAGAACAGUUGGUUUAUCUCAUUUUACCGAAGAUUUUGAAAGAUAAAUACACAAUUUCCGACGAACAAAACUUACACUUUCUGCUCUCUCACAAGAAAGUGUUGAGGGAUAAUAAUUUCCUGAAAACGUACCAAACUGUUUUUUUGAUAAUUAAAAAAAUGUUUUUAAAUGUCUAGAUGUCUUUUUGCGUCCCAAGCUAGCUGUGAAUCGUCUCCGUGAGUUUUUUUGGAAAAAAAUUAUUGCGUUUUUUUCGAAACUCAUGCAUGAUAAGAAUUUCGAACUCUGUUUUUUUUUCAAGUCACUCAAUUAUUAAAAACAGAUAAACUGGCCGUUUUUAUUUUGUUUGACGUGUUUUUUCAGAACAAUGGUGAACGACAGGAUGAUGAUGAUGAACAACAACCAAAUCUCCAACUACAACUACAUCUCCUCAUCACCCACGACCCUUUGAUUCGUGAGUUCCCUUGGUUUCUCCAAUACCUUUCUGAAUAUACGAAAUUCAGGGCCGUCCCCACCGCCACAGUUUUAUCCGCCGGAGCAACAGCAAUGAAGAAUAGUUAGUUUCUCUUAAUUUACCAAAGAUUUUUAAAAGAUAAAUAUAAAAUAUUCAAUGAACAAAAAAACUCUUUAAAAAAACCAUCAAAUGUGUAAUUUUUCAGACGACUAUCAUACGCAGAGCGGUCAACUGCUCCGUAUAGCCAUGCUUUUGGUUCGUUGAUUUUUCUGUUGAAAUUAACGAGAGAAUUAUGAAACCUGAGAUUGAAAAAAAGGCGAAUUGUCUGCUUUUUCAAUUAUUUUUCUUUGCAGGUGCUGAUCCGGGAGUGGACUUUCCGACGCAGCGACGCUCGCACCUCGACAGCUCCGAAACAACGAGGAAAUAAAAUCAAAUUGAACAAGAUUUCGUUGCAAGGUUUGUUCCUUUUUUCAGUUUUUUUCUGAUUUAAAGUUGAAAGUUGUGACAUCCACUUCUCGUUCUUAGUUUCAAAUGGAAUUGCAUUCCAGGAAGAGGACGACGAGAUGGAAGGUACGGUCUACUUCAACGACAUCUUCUACGACGAACCGGACCAAUAGCCCAGCUGCAGGCCCGAAAGUGA